CAACAAUUUGGCAUGAUUCGAAGUGAAGCUGAUCAUUCUCUUUUUUAUCGUCACUCAACCCAAGGGUGCAUUUACUUGAUUGUCUAUGUAGAUGAUAUUGUCAUAACUGGUAGUGAUCAACAGGGCAUACUCCAAUUGAAACAACAUUUAUCUCAUCAGUUUCAAACUAAAGAUCUUGGCAAGCUCCGCUACUUCUUGGGUAUUGAGGUAGCCCAAUCUAAGGACGGCUUAGUAAUUUCACAAAGAAAAUAUGCUAUGGAUAUUCUUGAAGAGACAGGUUUGUUGAAUGCCAAACCGGUUGACACUCCUAUGGAUCCAAACGUCAAACUUCUACCUAAUCAUGGGGAGCCAUAUUUAGAUUCAGGGAGAUACAGAAGAUUGGUUGGUAAGUUAAACUACCUCACAGUCACCCGUCCAAACAUUUCUUUUGCAGUCAGUGUGGUAAGUCAAUUCUUAAACUCUCCUUGUCAAGAACACUGGGAUGCUGUGAUACGAAUCUUGAAAUACAUUAAAGGUGCUCUAAGAAAAGGUCUAAUUUAUGAAAACAGAGGACAUACUCAGAUAGUCGGUUAUUCAGAUGCCGAUUGGGCAGGCUCACCCAUUGAUAGGCGAUCCACUUCUGGGUAUUGUGUACUUGUUGGAGGAAACUUAAUAUCUUGGAAGAGUAAGAAACAAAGUGUAGUUGCAAGAUCUAGCGCUGAAGCUGAAUACAGGGCUAUGGCAUUAGUGACCUGUGAGCUCAUUUGGUUGAAACAGUUACUCAAAGAGCUUCAAUUUGAAGAGGCAACACAAAUGACAUUAAUAUGUGAUAAUCAAGCAGCAUUGCACAUUGCCUCUAAUCCAGUUUUUCAUGAGAGGACCAAACAUAUUGAGAUAGAUUGUCACUUUGUAAGGGAGAAGAUCGAAUCAGGCGACAUCACCACUAGUUUUGUUAAUUCCAAUGAUCAAUUGGCAGAUGUAUUUACUAAGUCUCUAAGAGGUCAUCGAAUCAGUUAUAUAUGUAACAAGCUUGGUGCAUAUGAUUUAUAUGCUCCAGCUUGAGGGGGAGUGUUGAAAAUAUAUUUAUAUUUAUUACAUA